AGUGGAACGAUGCGUUUAACCCGAGACUCUUCUGCCACCGUCGCCUCCUUCAACCACCGUAUUAGGGUUUUCAGAGUCACACCUUUCGUUCUCUUCGCUCACCGGAGGCAAUGCUUCCGUUCAGCAAUUAAAAGUGUGCUUUGAAAUUCCCACAUUUUGAUAGGCGAAACGAUACAGUAGAACACUGCAAUUCCUUCGCAACGUUCGUCUCGGGUAUUCGCCAUAACGGUUUCGAUUCGAAAUGGAAGAGGACAAAGGAAAUAAGCAGGAAUCAAAUGCUUUUGCGACUGAGGUUUAUACGGUGCCCGGAGAGCCUGCUGUUGUAAUUAACGGUGUGCCUGAGAUAGUCGGCGCGAGCAGCAUUGUCUCUUCCUGCGACGCGUUGAGCGUCUUUGACAAGGACGGGAAUAUGGGUUUGGGUGAUUGGUUUGUAGGGAGGGAUAUCCAGAAGUUGUUUAUGGGAAGCUAUUACUCGGGGAAAGUAACCGAGUAUGACAAAGAAAAUGGAUGGUACCGAGUCAAAUACGAAGAUGGUGACACAGAGGAUCUCGAUUGGCUUGAAUUGAAGGAGGUUCUGCGUCCUAUGGAUGUUACCGUUUCGCUUAAGACCUUGGUGAACAAGGUUAUUCGAAAUCAUACAAAAAAAUCAAAACAUAAAGCAAGGAAUUGAAGAAGGCCUUGAAAAUGAUGAGAGCUGAAAAGGAAUUGGUGGUGGUGAUGAGAUGGACCAUACAAAUUUUGUUGUACUUGUAACAAUAGGAUUACUGUUGUUGUUUUGUAGUUAGGGAAUUGGUUCCUAGGAAAAUUUGAAAGUUUUGUUGCAAUAGUGAUUGAUGUUUUGUUGUAACAUGGGGAAUUAGAUUGGUAUUAUGGCAUCAAAAAUAUUUUCUCUGAAUUUAUGUGCAUUUAGAAUC